AGCUAGCCAUUGCAUCAAAAAAAGAAAAGUUGCAAAAAUCAGGCUGUCAUUUUGCUGUCCAUCUCCUUCUUUCUUUAGUUUCUUCACUGUUCUUUCUUUGAUUCUCUAUACAAACUAAGCCCCUCUUCUCUGCUCUAACUUUCAGCACUGAAACCAGCCCCUCUCUCUCUUGUGCUAUCAUAUAUCCAUUCAUUCUUAUACUUCAUUAAUUCUUAGAAGCUUUCAUGGAGGAUCGUAAGGAUCAGAAAAAUGCUCCAUGGUUAUCAGUACCACAGUUUGGGGACUGGGACCAGAAGGGUGAAUUGCCAGACUACUCCCUUGAUUUCUCAAAAAUAAGGGAAAUGAGGAAGCAGAACAAGAAAGAUGUGUCAAGAGCCAGUCUUGGCAAUGAAGAAGAGCUAAUCAAUCCAACAGCAACCGCUGCAAAACCUGCUCAAACUCAAGAUCAUCACCGCCACCACCAUUACCAUGAGGGCCACCACCACUCCCCCACAACAAGGAGGAGCAUUUUUAGCUACUUCAACUGUUGUGUGAAGGCCAGAGGCUAGAGGACAAAUUAUCUGUGCCGAGUCGCAUGUGACGAUGAUGUAUUUGGGGGACCAUUUCGUGUUUAGCCUUUUUUGUGGUUUUAGUUUUUCUUUUGGUAUCGUUUUUGUUCUUCAUCCCGUUACCUCCAUAUUAUAUAAAAAAACAUAUGAUGCCUUUGUAAA